AUGUCGCCGCGAGAAUACGCUACGUCAACACGGAAUUUUGAUACUGACAGGCUAAUUGAUCUGGUAGAGGAACGGCCUGCUCUCUAUAUGACGGAAAUGAGUGCAUAUCACAAUAGGCAAAACAGGAAGAAACUUUGGGAGGAGGUGGCAUUUCUGCUCAUAGAAGACUGGGAAUCUCUUGCAGAGGAUGAGAAAAACAAAAAAGUGAAAGAACUUCAAACACGUUGGAAGAAUAUUAAGGAUUGCUUCCGUAGGGAAGUUUCCUUACAGAAGAAUGAUUCACGUAGUGGCGCCUCACCCUCAAGGCGAAAGAAAUAUAUCUAUGCUGACAGGCUGCUUUUCCUGGUCCCCACUUUUACCACAAGACAAACUUCUGGCAAUGUAGAAAAUGAGCAACAGGAGGAAAAUGAGGAAAAUGUUGGUGAAAGUGAAAAUAUUGGAGAAACAUCAUCUGGAACAUCAUCGGGCAGCCCUAGUGCCAGUACCAGUAACACUUUGCAUCCCCUUCGACUCUCUCAGGCUGCAAACAAACAGUCAGGGAAAAGAAAAAGGAGCAGCUCUGAAAUUGCAUCAGGAGAUGUCAAAGAGAUGAUCUCUAUGCUAUGCACUUCGCUAUCUGCCCGAGGUGGUCCCAAGAACACUUACCAACAUGAGGAGACUCCAGAAUUUUCAUUUUUAACUGGAUUACUGCCCACAAUUAUGACAAUUCCGCAGGCACAAAGACAAUCUCUUCAAGUUGAGAUGACAAAACUUGUUUAUAGAUAUUUGCCACAAGCAAACCCAAGUGGUGUGCAAUCACCGAAAAUUCCCAUUCCACCUCAGCAUUACCCCAUGCCACAAGCGCCAGGAACAGGAAACUCUUGGUACCAAUAUCAGUAUCCAUCCCAAAACACACUCUCAGACCCAUAUCAUUAUCCUUCCCAAAACUCCCUCACAGACCUUUAAUUUAUAAAUUCUAUAGAAGGGCGCUUUAAUUUAUAAUUUUAAUU